AAAGCAUGCCGCAAGUUUACAUGUGAUCUAUGUAAUUAUAUCUAAUUCUUUAAAUUAUUUAUAUAUAUUAACAUUAUGGAUGCUCACGAUCUUUUCAAGAAACUCGCAGCCGGCGCAAAAUUUGAUACAAAACGUUUUCGACAAGAUGCAGAAAGAUUUCAGAUGGUGAGGCCAAAUAAAAACAUAGAUAUCAAGGUAGAAAAAGUAACAGAUGAAAUAUUAGAGCCUAACAUAGAGCAUAAUGCGAAAAGAAAAUAUAAAGAUGAAAAUAAAAAUAUUAACGAAAUAACAUUACUGGAUGGAUUCUCAGUACCAAAGGAUGAAAAUGUUCCAGCUAAAAAACGUAAAAAAGUCGCGACUGCUGACAAGAUGUUGAAACUGGAACAAGAGAAGAUAAAUCAUUUGAGAAAUAUGAAUCGUAUUUCAGUCACAGGCAGUCACGUACCUAAAUUAAUACUAGAUUUUGAUGAAUUGAGGACAAAUUAUCAAGUACCAGAAAAUUUGUUGAAUAAUAUGAAAAAUAGUGGAUACAUAUAUCCAACACCAAUACAGAUGCAAGCAAUGCCAGUUAUGUUGGAAGGUAGGCAGAUACUGGCUUGUGCUCCAACAGGAUCAGGGAAAACUGCAGCAUUUUUAUUACCUAUUAUUCAUCAUUUACGUGGACCACAAAAGAAAGGUUUUCGUGCUAUUAUUCUAAGUCCCACGAGGGAGUUAGCCAAACAGACAUAUAGAGAAUGUCUAAGACUGAGUGAUGGCUGUGACUUUAGAAUUCAUAUAAUUAGCAAAGCGAAUCAGGCUCUUACUAAAUAUGGACCCUCAAGCUCGCAAAAAUUUGAUAUUUUAAUUACUACACCAAAGCGAUUAGUCUUUCUUCUAAAUCAAGAUCCUCCAGCCAUUUCAUUGAAUAAUGUUGAAUGGUUGAUCGUGGACGAAGCAGAUAAACUUUUUGAAGAAGGAAUACGCGGUUUUAGGGAGCAAUUAGAUGAGAUUACGAAAGCCUGCGUUAAUAAAGAUUUACGUCGUGGUAUGUUUAGUGCAACGAACACUCCAACGGUAUCAAAGUGGUGUCGUCGUAACAUGAAAGGUCUUGUAACAAUAACAGUUGGACAAAGGAACGCAGCUGCAGAUUUGGUAGAUCAAAAGCUUCUAUUUGUUGGUAGUGAAAGAGGUAAAUUAGUGGAAUUCAGAAACAUUAUUCAGAAGGGCAUAUCACCACCGGUCUUAGUAUUUGUGCAAAGCAAAGAAAGAGCUCAGGAGCUUUUCAAUGAGCUUAUUUACGAUGGGAUUAACGUGGAUGUUAUUCACGCCGACAGAACAAUGACACAGCGAGACAAUACCGUGCGUUGCUUCCGAGAAGGAAAGAUCUGGGUCUUGAUCUGUACAGAGCUGAUGGGCAGAGGUAUAGAUUUUAAAGGCGUAAAUCUCGUUAUAAAUUAUGAUUUUCCACCAUCCGCUAUCUCCUACAUUCACAGAAUAGGUCGUACCGGUCGCGCUGGGCACAAAGGACAAGCAAUAACGUUCUUCACGCAACAGGAUACAGUAAAUUUACGGAGCAUUGCGGCGGUUAUGCGCGCGUCAGGAUGCAAUGUACCGGAUUAUAUGUUGGCUAUGAAAAACAGUAAGAAGGAACGACGAAAGCUUGAGCGUACAGCACCCGCACGCGAAAAGAUAUUAACCGUGCCCACGUAUAAACGACGUAAGCAGAAAUCACGUGAAAAGUUCGUAUUAAAAGAAGAAAUGUAAAAAUAUUAUUUCGAAAUCCUAUUCUCUCUGGAUUGGAAGAGCUAGAUAAAAAUCUUACAGCAUUAGAUACUCGAUAAAGUAGUCUAACACA